AUGACACCGAGACGCACCCGGGGAACAUUGGCAAACAGCCCCUUGCUCCUGGUGGCCUGUCCGAGAUCGACUUUCGAAGGUUCAGCCGAGUAUCAGCGCCUACUGACCACCGUGAUAGAAGAAUCCGACGAGAAGACCCGCAUCGAGUCUGCGUUCACGCUUCCCGAGCGAAUACGCGCUCGGAAAGAAGAGACAUCUCGGCAGCGUUCCGUAUUGGCAGAACACCGCAGUCGCGUCCAAACGCUCGUGACACAGAUCAACGAGAUCCACCCUCGUCUCGAGGAGCAGCUUCUUGCCGCCCUCGCCACGCUUCCCCCCCUUCUCGACGCGGCGCGCACUGCCCACGCCGACGUCCUCGCGCUCACACUCGAGGCUGCCCUGCUCAAGCUCUCCGUCCUCCGCGCCCGCGCGCACAUCGCGCUCUACGGACACGCGGCACCGUCCAACCCGCGCGCGACGAUGGCCCGCGCGCUCGCCGCGGCGCAGGAGAAGCUCCGUGCGAAGCAGCGUGCGCAAGAGGACGAGGAGCGCGCAUUAGACGCGCAGCUCGCCGCGUACGAGGGCGCGCUGGGCUUUGUGGGCGGGCGUGAGGGCGGUAUAACUGCACUCUACGCGCACCUACGCUUACGAGCGGCCAGUAGAAUUAUCUGA